CGUCAGUGUUUGUGCUGCUGGCAGAAUACUCGUCUGGUUCGUCUGUAUCCACAACACGUUGGGAGUAUGACACAGACAGUGCAGACGAAUGGGGUGCAACCCCUCAGUAAGACAUGGGAACUCAGUCUGUAUGAGCUACAGAGGACUCCACAGGAGGCCAUCACCGAUGGGCUGGAGAUAGCCGUGUCUCCCAGGAGCCUCCACAGUGAGCUGAUGUGUCCCAUCUGUCUGGACAUGCUGAAGAACACCAUGACAACCAAGGAAUGUCUGCACCGCUUCUGUGCCGACUGCAUCAUCACCGCCCUCCGAUCAGGCAACAAGGAAUGCCCUACAUGCAGGAAGAAGCUGGUGUCUAAGCGGUCCCUGCGGCCGGACCCUAACUUUGAUGCCCUCAUCAGUAAGAUCUACCCCAGCAGAGAUGAGUACGAGGCCCACCAGGAGAGGGUUCUGGCCCGCAUCUCCAAACACAACAACCAGCAGGCCCUGUCCCACAGCAUCGAGGAGGGCCUCAAGAUACAGGCCAUGAACAGGCUGCAGCGAGGGAAGAAGCACCAGCUGGAGAACGGGAGUGGGCUGGAGGACAACGGUGACUCCUCCCACUGCAGCAACGCCUCCGUCCACUCUAACCAGCAGGAGGCGGGGCCGAGCAUCAAGCGUACCAAGACGUCAGAUGACUCUGGUCUGGACAUGGACAACGCUACAGAGAACGGAGGGGGAGGGGACGUGGCCAUGGACGGAGCCAGCGAGAUAGAACUGGUGUUCUGUCCUCAUCCUACGCUCAUGGACAAGGAGGACAACGUGCAGACCAGUGUUGAGUUUGUUCCCAGGUACAUCAAGACGUCGGGUAACGCCACAGUGGACCACCUUUCUAAGUACCUGGCUGUGCGUCUGGCUCUGGAGGAACUGAGGAAGAACGGAGAGGCCAGCCCUGUCAAUGUAGACGCUGCCUCAGAGAAACAAUACACCAUUUAUAUCCCUACAGCCAACGGCCAGUUCACGGUGCUGAACGGGUCUUUCUCUCUGGAGCUUGUCAGUGAGAAGUACUGGAAGGUGAACAAACCCAUGGAGCUGUACUUCGCCCCCACCAAGGAGCACAAGUAGACCGCCUGGAGUACACCUGGGGGGUAGACCGCCUGGAGAACACCUGGGGGGUAGACCGCCUGGAGUACACCUGGGGGGUAGACCGCCUGGAGAACACCUGGGGGGUAGACCGCCUGGAGUACACCUGGGGGGUAGACCGCCUGGAGUACACCUGGGGGAUAGACCGCCUGGAGAACACCUGGGGGAUAGACCGCCUGGAGAACACCUGGGGGGGUAGACCGCCUGGAGAACACCUGGGGGGGUAGACCGCCUGGAGUACACCUGGGGGGGUAGACCACCUCUCUCUCUCUCUACAUCUUUCUCUCUCACUCUCUCUCUCUCUACAUCUCUCUCUCUCUACAUCUCUCUCUCUACAUCUCUCUCUCUACAUCUCUCUCUCUCUCUCUCUCUCUCUAC